UGGAGGCUUUCAAAGAGCACGGUAGGCACGUUUGCAAAGGCGGCGCGUGCCCGAUGUUUAUGAUCUGUUAAUAUCCGUGUUUUCAACCCAAAAUGCGCGUUUCCGAAAUCAGAUUGUGCCGACUAUUGUGCCGAAGGGUUCCUGGAGUUUGGAUAGGACGAACUGACCCCGUUUUAAGGAGUGACGAACCGUUGAACUUUGCCGGAUCUGUUGGUGGUUCGAAGUGUUUCUCUUCUCUACCUCCGGGGCAUCAGAUGAACGUGUUCGACAGAAAGGCCAAGAUACGCCACAGGACCCUGGCUGCUUUAGACAAGGAAGCCGAGGUGUACGACUACCUCAAGAACGAGGUUGGUUACCGGUUAGCCGACCGUGUUUACGACAUUAAGAGGAAGUUUUCAAGAGCCGUGGAGCUGGGCUGCGGCCGAGGCUACGUAUCUCAUAAUUUGGACUCUGAAGCCGUGGAAUCCCUUGUCCUGUGCGACUCGUCAUGGGAGUGCCUUACACGAUGCAAGGUGUCCAAGGAUGUGCCCACAACGAAGCUUCUCGCAGACGAAGAAUUCCUUCCCUUUGCGGAAAACUCUGUCGACAUCUUCCUCAGCAGCUUGAGUCUCCAUUGGGUCAACAAUCUUCCCGGUACGUUCAAACAGGUGUGGAAUGCACUCAAACAAGAUGGUGCUUUCCUGGGCUGCGUCUUUGGCGGCGAAACACUGUACCAACUGAGAGGCUCGUUGCAGCUUGCAGAAACGGAGCGUGAAGGUGGAUUUGGAGCUCACAUAUCCCCGUUUGUUCAGCCUACAGAUUUGGCAGCACUUCUGAACCAGGCUGGCUUUGUGCUACUUACAAUUGACUCUGACGAAAUGACUGUCAACUAUCCAACUGCCUUCCAUCUGAUGGCCGACCUCAAAGGCAUGGCGGAGAACAAUGCGACGUGGAAACGCAAGUCUCAUCUACACAGAGACACCAUGGUCGCAGCAGCGGCAAUUUACCAAGAGCUCUACGGCAACGAGGAUGGAACUAUCCCGGCCACAUUUCACAUCUUGUCCUUUAUCGGCUGGAAACCAGAUCCAUCACAGGCCAAGCCAGCAAAGAGGGGAUCACAAACUGUGUCCUUGAAGGAUCUCGGGUCUCUUUUAGAUCCAGCUAGCAAGACGUAGUCCCCGUUUCAACGAGUGAUAGGUUGCAGCACGCAGCACGCAGCACACUGUACAGACUACACUCCCCAUCAUGUUCCCAUAUGCUUGACCUGUGAAUAAAGCAUCGACACCGGACUAGUCUAGGAGGAGUUGUGCCGUUAGUUGCAGCUCAGUUGCCACUGAAAGGCUUGUGUGUGCAGUAGCAGAUCUGAAAUAUCUGAAUGCAUCUUUAUCUCCCACUCGACGCAACAAUUCUGCUGCCAACUGUCUGGCUCCUACACCACAUGAUAAGCUGUUGAAAGGUCAUGCUGUAUGAAGUCCACUUAACCCCCCAACUCAGCCUUUUGAUAUGGCAAAAUGAUAGUGCUUUAGCAACAGUACAGAAGCUCUUUGCUCGUCCCUAUUGUAAGGGCUUUUGUAGUAUGGAUCGUUACCAAAUUUCCCGAUUUGCAAUCCUGCAAGUGCAAAAGAAUGCUUACAAAAUUGCAAGCCCAGUGAGACAGGUUCUUGAACUUCUUGGCUACCAAAGGUUUCUCCAAGGUAGAACAAAUUCAGUUUUGGUCUAAAUAACACAUUGGCAGGCUUUAAAUUCAAAUGCUAUUGGCAAUAUUUCACUGAAAAUUUUAGAUUUCCAAAUCUAAAAAUUGUACGAAUAUUAAGACAUACUAAUUAGUGAUUUUAAUUAGAAUUAUCAGUGUUCCUCUGGCAGCAUGGCCUCUUUGUUGCUGUCACUGUCCGUUGAAGACACCUUGUAAUCAAGACCGAAGUCAUCUGAAUCAAAGUUUAUAGGAAGUUCUUGAAUUUUUGCUUUGUUCAAAGAAUUUGCAAACUUUCCAUCCUGGUCCUGUAUGUACACCGACAGUCGAUAAGUGUUGUCACACCAACUGUAUUAUAAAAGCAAAACCUACCAUAAAAUUUCUGGUUGGCUCUUGGCAGAUCGUCAAGAAGCACUCUAGUGCACUCCAGCUGUCAUUUUACCACAGCUGUAAUGUCAUGCUAGCGUUUAUUCAUUUUAGUCAAUAUUUAAGUUUGUUUUACACCUGUAACAAAUGAAAUAAAUGCAGCUUUUGUCCUGUCUUCCUUGUUUUGGCAACCUGCUGCUAGCUAAACUAAGGGCAGCUGCUAGAAAUUGUCAUUUCUACUGCUACAAAACACACUUGUCCAUUCCCACCACUGGAUUAUGCUUUGUGCAUUGCUAGCAGUGUUUCUUUCGAGCAAGUUGGUGUUUAUUGUUUGCAGCCAGUUCAUUAUGUCACAUCAUUUGCAGCACGCAAAUAAAUCACUAUGUUUCCCAGUGUGUUAACCGACAAAUAUAGGUGCUCCUUUAUCAGUAACACUCACUGUAAAAAUCGUUCUUUGCUGAAAACAUUCUUCUUUGGAACAUUCUGAAAAUUCUACCAGACAGAGGUACUGUAAGAGUAAUUACUCUCGCAUAUGAAAUUUUUAAGAACAAAUUAACUUCAGGAAGGCUAUUCUGUAAGAAGCCACAAGAGCGUUUCAAAGCUACAAGGGCAAAGUUAAGACUGAUCAAUGCAAAACUCGUAACUUCUUCACCUGCUUAACCACGUUGCCGGUGGCACACAGACACCAUCACCAGAUGUGCCUGUGAUGGCCAUUGUAUGAAACUCCAUGGGCUGUGCAGACCACGUCCAUUAUCAUUUUCUUGUUGAAAGACAGCGUUGCAAGUACAUGUAAGAAUAUUGAUGUAUUUAUGCCACAGUACAAGACUAAAAUCACCUCUUAUAAUGUAUAGAGUGAAGUAUGACAUGAAAUAUUUUGGCUUAUAUUAUUGCACUUCAUCAGUUUUCUUGUAAGGAAAGGUAAUAGUAAACUAAAUACAAAAGCUUGAGCUUGCUUUCUCAUACUUGUCUUCUUAUGGGGCUGACCUCAGCAACACCUAUGGAUUCAAAAAGCCAUUGAAGCUUGAUUGUUGGCUGCCUGGCUGUAUUUUAGUCUAUAAGAUAAUGCCACGACUCCGUGAUUAGAGAAAAAAAAUUAUGCAUGCAACGCAUUUAGCCAUAGCAUGAGACCUAACCUAAGUCAAAUCACUUUUAUUGUUGCUGUAGCAGUCUUGUUUCUCAACAAAUGCAAAACAGUCACAAAAUUCGCUACAGUUCAAAUCGGUCUCUCGGGGAUCUUUGUGCACAACUGCAUGUGCAAAAAGCCAGAUUAGCAUUAGUGAAUGGUAUUCAAACAUUUAUAAUACAGCAUUUCGAUAGUUCAUGCAACUGUUCAACAGAUUUGAAUGAAAUUUGUUACAUUUGUAAGACAGUCAUAUCCUACUAACUUCUGAGGGUACCUUUUGUGAGCAGUCUCAAGUAUUUUGAAAGACAUUACAAAAAUUGUAAAGUUAAAAAAAAAAAGAA